ACCAUGUUCCUGACCGCCUUCCUAUGCCGCAAUCGCAUUCCUGGAAGACAGUGGAUCGGGAAGCAUCGGCGGCCGCGGGCCGUGUCUUUCCGUGCGAAGCAGAACAUGAUCCGUCGUCUGGAGAUCGAGGCGGAGAACCAUUACUGGCUGAGCAUGCCUUACCUCACCGCCGAGCAAGAGCGCGGCCACGCUGCUGUCCGCAGGGCGGCGGCCUUCGAAGCCAUCAAGGCAGCCAGCACUUCCAAGUUUCCCCCGCAUAGAUUUGUUGCAGAUCAGCUCAACCAUCUCAAUGUCACCAAGAAAUGGUCCUAAU